GAAAUAUGGCGAUAGUUGCGUAGUGUGUGCUUUAAAUUGUUUUUGUGUGUGGUAAUGUAGGAUUUUCCCUCAUGGAAGGGCACACGUUCGUUCCUCCACCAGAAGCUCCUGUUUUUGAGCCGACUGAAGAAGAAUUUCAAGAUCCUUUAGCGUUUAUUACCAAAAUACGGCCGUAUGUGGAAAAAGUUGGAAUUUGCAAGAUUCGCCCUCCGCCUGAAUGGCAGCCACCAUUCUCCGUGGACGUAGAGAAAUUUAGAUUUACUCCUCGAGUGCAAAAACUCAAUGAACUCGAGGCAACAACAAGAGUAAAAUUCAAUUUUUUGGACGCUAUUGCCAAGUUUUGGGAAUUGCAGGGCACAAGUUUAAAACUCCCAAUGGUCGACAAGAAGAAUUUGGAUAUUUUCAAACUUUACAAGACUGUUCAUGAAGAAGGUGGAUAUGAGUAUGUGACAACAAAGAGAAAAUGGCCUGUAGUGGCCCGCAAAAUGGGUUAUUUGGAAAUAAAAUCAGUCCCAGCAUGCCUUCGAAAUCAUUAUGAAAAGCUACUUUUUCCCUAUGAUGUCUUCCAAUCUGGUCUAAUGACAGAUACUGAUCCUACACCAGAGCCCAAACCGACAAGAACUCCUAAAGCAGAGCCUGAAAGUAGAAUGAGAAAAUCUGCACGCCAAAUUAGACAAGAACAGGUGCAGCAAUCAAUUGACUAUUCAAGAAAUCCAGAAUUAAAGAAAUUACAAUUCCUAGCACCAGGUCCUAAAAUGACAACUGUUUGUGAAUCAGACAGUGUAAAAGAAGAAAUGGAUACAUCAGACAAUUACCAACCAUCCAAGAGUGUUAAAAUAGAACCUGAAACUGUUGAGAGUAAGGAUAUCAUUCCUUCUGAUGAAGAUUCAAAAAGUCAAAGAAGAAGACCUGUCCGCAAAGCCAGUAAAAAGAUGUUGCAAGAUCACAACCCUGGGCUGUUUCAGGAUGACUAUUUAUGUCAUAUGUGCAGUUCUGGUGAUGAUGGUCAGUACCUACUGUUGUGUGAUGGUUGUGAUGCUAGUUUUCAUACAUACUGUCUCAUUCCUCCAAUCACAACUGUGCCUAAGGGAGAAUGGAGAUGUCCAAAGUGUAUUGCACAGGAAUAUGACAAACCUAUAGAGAUGUAUGGAUUUGAGCAGUCUAAAAAAGAAUACAAUUUACAAUCUUUUGGUGAAAUGGCGGACAAAUUUAAAGCUGAUUAUUUUGGUUUGCCUCCCGAGUCCGUACCGUACGAUGUGGCGGAAAAAGAAUUUUGGAGAUUGGUCGGUUCUGUCGAUGAAGAGGUAUCAAUUGAAUAUGGUGCUGACCUCCAUACCGCGGUCCAUGGCAGUGGUUUUCCGGUGAAAGAAAAUGUUACAAAUAACAUUGAAGAGUUUUAUGCCAACUCAAAGUGGAAUCUGAACAAUUUACCAACACUUCCGAACUCCGUCUUAAGUCAUGUGUGCGGUAAUAUAUCCGGAAUGAAGGUUCCUUGGAUCUACGUCGGUAUGUGUUUCUCCAGUUUCUGUUGGCAUACGGAGGAUCAUUGGAGUUAUUCUAUUAAUUAUCUUCAUUGGGGUGAACCCAAGACAUGGUAUGGUAUCCCCGGUGACUGCGCUGAGAUGUUUGAGAACGUCGUUCAAGAAAUUGCGCCAGAGCUUUUCGAAGCACAUCCUGAUCUUCUGCAUCACCUGGUGACCAUUGUUAACCCCAACGUUCUCAUGACAAAAGGCGUUCCGGUCGUUCGGACUAACCAAGAAGCCGGCGAGUUUAUUGUUACCUUUCCACGAAGUUAUCACGCUGGCUUUAAUCAGGGUUAUAAUCUCGCUGAGGCUGUCAACUUUGCUACCGCUGAUUGGCUUUCAAUGGGACAUCUUUGUGUUUCGCACUACCGUCGAAUGAAUCGCACGACCGUGUUCUCACAUGAAGAACUCGUGUGUAAUAUGGCGGCAAAUCCUGACAAUCUUGAUCUCAGCUUAGCCAAGGCAAUUUAUGAUGAUAUGGUCACAAUGGUUGAUCAAGAAAGUAAACUACACAAGGAACUAAAGGACAAGGGUGUUGUCGAGACAAAAAGACAAGCCUUUGAAUUGAUGCCUGAUGAUGAACGACAGUGCAGUAUCUGCAAUACAACAUGCUUUCUCUCAGCGGUUACCUGCCCCUGCGAUAAACAAAAACUAAGUUGUAUCCGGUGUGCAUCAGAACAUUGCAGUGAAUGUGACAUUGAGAGCUUGAUUAUAAGACAUCGUUACAGUCUGGAUGAGCUGCAAGGCAUGCUAGCACAGUUGAAGAAAAGAGCCGAUUCCUUUGAUAACUGGGAAAAUGAAGUUAGACAAUCAUUGGAUGCAUCUGCUGGAGCCAAAGUCUCUUUAAGUGUACUACGUGAGUUGGUCACAACUGCUGAACAAAGUCAAUUUCCUGAAUGUGGUUUGUUAGAGGAACUGAAGGUUGCUGUGGCAGAAGCUGAACGCUGCGGUAAUGUUGCGACACAGCUAGUGACUAAGAAACAUCGUACGAGGACUGCUGAUGUUCUUAGUAACAACACAAUCACGCCAAGUUUAAACUUGGAAGAACUGCAAGAAUUUUGUCGUCAGCUCCAACGGCUACCCUGCAUUAUAGACCAAGCAGAGCUUGUUCAGGAUUUAAUGAACCGAGUGGAAAGUUUUCAAAGCGAGGCGCAGGAAAUUUUGUGCGAAGCUGAACCGAGUGCUAUCAAACUCAAACAACUUCUUGAUACGGCAAUAGCUCUUGAUGUGGACCUCCCAGAGAUACCAAAGUUAAAACAAGAACUCCAUCAGUGCCGUUGGCUUGAGAAAGUCGAGGAAACAUUGCAAGAUACACGACAAGUAUCAUUGGACGUUUUGAGGGAGUUACUCGAUGAGGCCUCUAUGCUGACCAAAAAACAAAUUGUUGAGAAAAGUACUCAGAAACUACGAAGUCUUGUGAAUACGUGCGAGGAAUGGGAAUCGAAGGCCAAGCUGUGUUUGCAGGCUAGGCCACGUCAUCUGAUGUCCUCAAUACAGGCAAUAAUACGUGAGGCAUCUUUGGUUCCAGUCCACUUACCUAACAUCGAUGCAUUGAAGGAGGCUCUAGACAAAGCACGUGAGUGGUCGAACAAAGUUGAUCACGUGCAGAAUGAUGAAUACUAUCCAUACUUACAAGUACUUGAUGCUCUGGUGAUGCGCGGUAGACCAAUACCUGUACGACUAGAGCAGUUGCCUCAGAUGGAAUCACAAGUUGCUGCAGCAAUUGCUUGGAGGGAUCGUACUGGAAGAACAUUCCUCAAGAAAAACUCCAGCUCUUCAUUGCUUGAGAUUUUGUCCUGUCGUAAAGACAUCGGUGUUUACAAACUGCUGGGUAAACAACGCCGCAAGAAAGACAAAGAUCGUGAGAAGGAAAGGGACAUUAUUGAUUUAGCCGACCUUGAGGACUAUAUUGAUCGUAAGCCAUCGGAACAGUCCGCCUUAUUUCGUGUCGCAAAGCAAAAAGAACUGCAGGAAAUGCGCGAUCUGAGAAAACGCAAUCUGGCGCGUUUUGACGAUCUCAACUCACUGCAGCCGGAGAACCGGCAGUUUUGCGUUUGUCGCAAAGCGGCCGACGGUUACAUGCUUCAAUGUGAACUGUGUAAGGAAUGGUUUCACAGCACGUGUGUACCUUUGCCACGCACACCUAGCAGCAAGGGUACCACGAAAAAUGUGCCUAGUAGUGAAACAUCUCGGACUCUGAAAUACCUAUGUCCGUUAUGUCACCGUUCACGUAGACCUCGCUUGGAAACAAUUCUGUCACUUUUAGUCUCGCUCCAGAAACUCCCGGUGCGUUUAGCUGAAGGAGAAGCGUUGCAGUUUCUAACUGAGCGUGCGAUGAACUGGCAAGAUCGUGUCAGGCAGUUCUUACUAAUCGGAAAUGUUUCUAAAGUUUGGCAAAAAAUUCUACUUGCGGAAACUUUAAAACAAGAGCCGAAUGCUGAAGGCUCGUCUGCGCCUCCACCGGUAACCACAACGACGCUACUUCAGCAAAAUAUGGCCAUGGCAAUCACUGCGCAGACUCAAAAAACACUUCAAGAAAAUGCGCCUCCAGUUCCAAACGCCUCGGCCAUUGCCUCUGAAAACACGGGGAUGGAGAUUGAUGUGGUUGGGAACACUCAAGAAGGAUGUAAAGGGGUUUCUGAUGGUAAUGAGGAUAACACGGAGGUUGAGAAUGAUAACGAAGGUGAUAGUGGGUGUGUUGAAAUAAAGUUAUCGCAACACGAGGUAGAUGAAGUUGAAGACUACAUGAUGGAAGGUGAUUUACUGGAAGUCACUCUUGAUGAGACUGAGACGUUAUGGAAGAUAUUAGUCAGUCAGCGAAAACAAACUGAACAGAAGAUACAGCUUGUCCUACCGAAGAAAACAGAGGAGAAGAAACGACGUAAGCGAAAGAAAAACGACGAGAAAUUACACGAUAAAGAAAACACAGCAAAGGUUAACAAAAAAUUUAAACAAAAGAAAAACAAGAAACUUUUGGACGAUGAUCCAGAUAGACCCAAAAGAAAGUACGUCCGUAAGCAAAAGAAAGCAGAGAUUGUGGACGUCGAGGGUGAUGACGACGAUGAUGAAGACGAGGCUUGUCUAGCCAGACCUUGUAAACAUCCAUCAAGUGAUGAAGUUGACUGGGUACAAUGUGAUACUUGCGAGCAAUGGUAUCAUAAUUUAUGUGUAGGCAUCACUGCAGAAACUGCUGCGGAAUUGGAUUCCUAUGUAUGCCCGUACUGUAAUUGCUCACAUGACCCCUUGUCCAACGCCACUUCCCCCGACUCGAAUAUAGAUGUGGUCAGCACCACUCCCCACGCUACUACACCACGCUCUCCUAGAUCGCCCACCAGCACAAAACAACAUCCGGCAGCUAUCCCCUUACCCGAAGCAUUCACCAAGUCUCCAACUCUAACUGAACAAGCAACAAACAUGAAUCCCAUGAUAGCCGUUGAAAGAUAAAGAUAUUCCACUACGAAUUAUCCCCAAAUAAAUUAUAGUGUUGCAUAAAAUUUAGAAUGAUUAUAUAACUGACAGAGACGCUGCAAAUAUGCGUACAUUUGGCUUUGACCCAAAAGUAUUCGCACUGCGUAUUUUAAUGUUAAUUAUCUGAAGAUGUUUUCAUCUCGGUAUACCGUUUGACAUGGAAAGCGGUCACGAUGUAAUGGUGAUGUGUUAUUUAUUUUGGUAAUAAGUGAA